ACUUGGUAUAGAGGCGACUUGAUCUGUGACGUUCGUUCGUUCUGUCGUCCUAAAUUGAGCUCGACUUGAGAAGUGCGUUUCGCCAACUUGUCUCGGGCUUUUCGGCCAGCGCUGCGAGGCCAGGUGUCGACGACGAGUUGAGUGAUGUCGAAGCCGCCCGUUGGGCACGCCAACCUGUGAGUCGGGCCGACUAGCUGUGAGCUUGGUUUGUUGAAUCGAAGCCCGAAGAACCAUCGAGUGCAUUGAGUGGCUCCGUUCAUAGUGUCAUUGGCGAAGCAUCCGAAGCAGCCCCAGAGCCCCUGGUACGCAGAAUGCACCCCGCCUCGUGCCGCAGUUGGCAAGCGGUGUUGUUGUGCGCAUAUUAAUUGAUUGGGACGAUCAUGGACUCAGCUGGAUUUAUUAGCCGCAUUAGGCAACAGCACCAAUCUGUUGCGGGAGCAGGCGUUGAGCGCGAAAGGAUGCGCGAAAAAGAACGUCAGUUUAGGCAGCAAAUCAUCUCGAGCGUGGAGCGAGGUGGUGAUCACCCGUUAGUUACUCCGACCCAACCGCUCUUCUCCCCCCUUAAACGGCCCAAGUCAACCGACAAGGCCGCUCAGCAGAUACAGAUGAAACUUGGCAAAUUCAAUGAUGUCAAAGGGGAACUGUUGGAGGAACCAAAACGGCUGAUAGGCCUAGAAGGGUGCGCGAUCGCACCCCCGCCGGCGCCCACGGAUCACAAGAAAGUGCAUAGUCUGAUGUCAGGAGUUUCGCAACAUUCAAGCAACCGUUACUCCGCCCCUGGGCCCAAGGUCGAUGUACCUCAUGGCGGAAAUAACGGCCACCCUUUGCCGUCGAGACACUCGAGUCAAAUGCCGCCUACCCCUGCUCCCCAAAUGGGCAUGAGCUCCAAGAUGAAUACCUCGAAACCAUCAUCCUUCAACGCAUUCAGCCAACCAAAAGCCGUGUCAAAGUCUUACCCGGAAUUGGACAACAUAUUCAAGGAGAUGACCGACAUCACUCCGCUCAUGGAAGGCAUCCAAACUCCGCGCAAAGAACCCACUGAGCUGAGGUUCACUUUUGAUCAACAUCUGAAAACACCAGUGAAGCCAAAAGAAUCGCUCUCCUUGCCGCCACCUGCCCCCAUGACUGCACAUAUUACGACUGAACCUAAAACUCAACAGCAGAACUGCUCAGCCAACUCCAGAGAGCAAAGGACGCCACAAAAAGAGAGUUUACCCAGUCCUCCUGAGCCUUGCAUUGUUGAGCAAGACUUAGAAUUUUCUGAAGAUUCGUCUGAUGAGCUCGCUGAUGCUCGCAAGUACUCAAAACCGAAUGUGAAAGGAACAAGCAGCACUCUUUUACAAGGUGCCUCUCAGGCAAUCACAACUCCGAGACCAUCAGUUCCGCCGCCUCUGUUGAGUCCAUUGCCAUCGACGAGUGUCCGCAUGGAGGACUCGCCACCCAUUGCACCGAUGCCUAAAAAUGCCUCUGAGAGCGGAGGGACUACUUCAGAAGAGUCCUCCUCUUCCUCUGGCUCCGAAUCAAGCAGUGAGGAUGAAGAGGAGCCAACAUCACUCCUCGAGAAAGCUCCUCUCGCCAGUAGGCCCUCGCCCCCAAGACCUUCGUCACCAAAGGCAAAUGAAGCUCCGCAGGUAGAAAGGAGUUGGAAACUCGAGUCUUUCUUCAAAGCUGAAGAUUCUAAUAAAAAGUCACUGGGUGGCUCACCAAAGAGAAGUUCAAAGCAGGAUAAGUGCAGCGAUGAUGAGCAUGUCGCCUUGUCGGAAGUGAUUCCUCCCACACCUCUGCAGCCGCUGUUGUCAGAUGAUGAUGACGAUGCUGCAAAUGUGCGCAAGCUUGCUGAGUCUGCCAGACGGAAGCAGCCUAGGAAGAAGCGUUCCUCGACCAGGAGCAUCGAGGAGGAGAAGAAGUUGAGUGACUCGGAAGACGAGGACAAUGAACCGAGUAAGGCAGCGCGGCCGGCACGCAACUGCAAAACCAAGGGCGAGGAAACUCGUCGCAGCAGCAACGUGGUUCCUGUGAAGAAGCAGCGGCGAACCGCGUCACGGGAAGAAGUCAAACCGAAGAGAGUGCCGGUUGCUACUGGCGGAAAGGGAGGCAAGCAGAAGUCAAAGAUGAAGAGCGUCGAGGAAUGUCCAACCGACUCGAGCAGCAGCAGUAGUAGUGACUCUGAUACAAAGGUGAAAAAGUUAACGAGUUUGGAGCACUCUCAAGUGCUCAACAAGAAUGUUCCUUGGGUUCCCCCAACUACUCCUGUCAAGCCAUCGGCGACUGUUGCUCCUCGGAGGAGGGUCAGCGGCAAAGGGGCGGCUCGUAGACACCACAGCUCUGACAGCAGCUCCGACUCAAACGAUGAUGUUAAGCCCAAAGGCGUCGGUGGGCUUGGCAAAAAGGACGACAGCCCGCCCAAGCUAGAAGUGGACGAUAAAGUUAUUCAGGACAAGAAGAAGAAUGACUUUUUGCGGCGUGUGUACUCUAAGUCUGGCCAAUCAGACGGCGGAAAGGGAGUGAAGGCCCGGUCCGGCAGGUCGGAAAGGAGCGAGGAAGAUGCUGUGCUGCCGUCAAUUGGGCGGCCAAGUCCUGCUGUCUCCAUCAAGGAGGAAGCGCCGGUGGUCAAGAAGCCUUUCAGUUUGAUGUGCCGCAUCCCGCUGAGCAGACUUAAGGAAUCGCAACUGAGGAAGCUCAGACCUGAGGGGGCAACACCAGACAUUGAAGUGCCCAAAGCGCAAGUUCUUUCAAGACUGUUUGACUCUUCCAAGACUGGCUCGCAGUCGCCUAGCCAACCGAUCGCGACCGUGAGUUCCUCCGAUACGAGCGACAGGAAGAGGAAAAGCUCGAGCAAAGUCAACGGCAAAAGCCACUCUAAAAAGACUAAACCUGAUCGCGAGAGGAGAAUGAGUGGCAGUUCGGUGUCAUCAAUUUCAACGGUCAGCAGUAGGAUCUCAGCUACAAGCAUGCCUCAGGAGCACAAGAAACCUAGUAGAAGGAGUCGCAAGCACAGUCUCGAGGAUGGCGAAGUUGCAGACAAAAAGCGACGAAAAGAUGCCAGUCGGAGUAGUAGUAAAAAGCCAGUGCCUAGUCAGAACGAGGAAGUGAUGUGGCCGUCUCACGCGUCACCCACAAACCACGACAGGGUAUUACCGCCGCCGAGACCAGGGUCCUCGUUUGACGACCCAGACUCUCAUUUUGUUAACCCUAGCAAGGCGCUGUCGCCUCUGAGUUCGCCACCAGCGAUGUAUUCGCCUAACCCAGCCGCUCAAGGAAACUUGUCUGGCAGCAGCAGCUGGCUUGGCGCAGAGUGGACCAACCAACAGCCAGGUUCCUCAAGCUGCAAGAUGUACAGUUCUUACUUAGAGCACCCUGAUAUCCUAGAAGAUGACAAAUUCUAUUGGUGUAGAGACCAAACGCACUACCUGAUGGAAGCGAAACGACUGAAGCACACGGCUGAUAAGGAAAAGGAUCACACCGCUCAGGCCAUGCUGUACCUGGAGUCUGCCCUCUACUUUAUCCUAACUGGCAAGACAAUGGAAACAGACAAUUACGACUCUGAGAUGGCAGCUUUUACCAUGUAUGAUGACACGCUUAAGCUGAUCAAAUACAUAUCAUCGAAAUACCGCAACCAGCAGCAGUACAAUUCUGCUCCAGGAAGCAUCGACAACAAACUAGCUGUCCUAGGCUUACGUUGCCAAUCUUUGAUUUACCUGAAGCUGUUCAAGAUGCGAAGACAAGAAGCCAAAGAGCUUCAAAAAACCAUCUCCUCUUACGUCACUAAGUUCCAGCAACAACCCUCAAUUUACGUGAACAGCGAGGCAUGGAGCGUGGCGCGAACGUCAGAGACGCCUUCUCCGCAGUCGCCAGGCUCCGUGGGCUCGGUGAAUAGCCAGAGUUCUGGCUACAGCAGCGGCGAACUGCGGCCCAAGGUUCCAGGCAGUGCCAGCAACCCAUCCUCCAGCAUGGCUGCCGGUCAGCAAACCCCCCUAAACCAAUGCAUCGCCAUUCCCUGUCAAGUUCACCAGGCGAUUAUGAAGCAGAACAGGUAUUCUAACUACCUGUCCAUGAGUCACGAUCUGUGGGAUCAGUCGGACGCGCUCAUUGCCAAGGGUAGAUCUAAAGACUUCUUUAUCCACAUGGACAAAGUUGUUGGGCCGUUGACUCUGCACAGUUCAGUGAGCCACUUAGUGAGAUACAUCAGACAUGGAAUCAAAUUACUGAAGGAAGCGAAUUGAUGUUUGUGAAUAUUGUUGUAAACGCGACGCAGCAUUUCUCUGCGAACUAACCAAACAAGCAACGCAUGUGUUAUCUACGAGUGAAUAAUUUUUAUUGGCCCCACAUAGGCAAUUAUUGUGAAACGCUGAAGUUUACUUUUAAUUUAUUCGUGAAGACUCUCGGAAACGUUAUUUAUUUACUUCAUUUCUACAAACACUACUUUUUCCACCAGUCAAAAGAGUUGACUGCAAUCAGCAAUUUGAGGCUGUUCACAAGAGCGAUUUAUUCAUCUCCUUAUCCAAGAAACCUUUUCUGCGUUCAGCUCUCUGUACCAGUUGAAAGAAGUGAGAAGCUUGCAUUGCAUACCUCCUGAUAUAUUCUGGGCGUUCUUCACUGCGCAAAACAAGUUAAGAUUUUCUACCGGGCUUAUCAAUCAUGGAUUGUCAAUUAUAUUUUCACCCGUGGUUUCUUUUUUACUGUUUAUCUCAUCCAGGACAACUUCUACACAUUUUCUUUUUUAAAGUGUUCUGAUUGUUUGUCUGAAUUUUCUGUGGAAGAAAGAAGUAGUGACAAAAACGUUUUAAGUGCGAAGAGAAAAACAAUUAUAGUUAAACUCUGAAAUUUGAUACCUGCUAACAGCCUUGAGUUCUUCUCUUGAAACAAUGGCAAGUACUUUGAUUGUCUCGCAUUAUUUGUUGGUUACCAUGUAAUAUACAAAGAAAGUUGAAAGUAGAGAGCGAACUUCUUGUUUUACAUACGCACUAGCUGAUGCAUCAUAGCUUAGAAAAGCAUAUUUUCAGAAAGGAAUGUCCAGCGAAUUCGUAUUUUGUAUCAGCAAACCUUGCUACUUGAUCAAUGUAUGACACAGAGAUGAUGCCCAAAUAUAUUUUUACAUAAAGCGACGAUCAGAUAAAUAUACAGAAUCAUGGCACCAGAAAAUGAACACUAUGUCUAACUAAAGCCUUUUUAUUGCAUACAAAAAUACGGAAAUAUUAAAUAACACAAAGAAACGGUUGAUACAUAUUUUUAAGUUUUUACGCAUGACAUUCAUCAAGUCCAAAAAUGGAAAAAUCACGCAAUGCAUUGAGAAGUAGUGUUAAAUUCUACACCACAAAACAAGAGACAAUUAUUAAUAAAUUUGUGAAUGAAUUGAAUCAUCUAUUGCCUGAUUUUGCUGAUUAGCAAGCAGUAUUUUUACAAGGUUAAUCUCUGCUCUUCUUCCGUUUUUGAGUCUUGUCCAUGUUGUCACCAGCAAGCUGAAAUUGUUGGGUGCUGGAGAGGCGCUCUUCAGUCAAGAAGUGCCCUUUGUGUCAAUGCAGUACUUUGCAAACAAAUAAAGAUAUUCUCUAUUGAUAAUGAAAACUUUCUGUUAAGUUUUAGUAAAAUUAAUAGCGAAUGUAUAAGGAGAUCUAAAAAUGUACCAAACCGUAGAAAUCCUUAAGAAGGAGCCAAAAACUUAUUUUAAAAACUACCUUUUAAUCUAAAAUAUAUAUUAAAUAAAUUGAUUACAAUGAGAAAUAAUAAA